CUAUUUCUAUGGAGAAAAUGAAUAAUUUGAGAAGUGACAAGCUCAAAGAAAGAUGUGAAAGCAACAACUUGAGCUUUGAAAGAGAUAGCACAUGUGGGUUUUCAUGGCCUCACAGAAACUAUACAUGUAGCUUUUGCAAGAAACAGUUCAAGUCUGCACAAGCUCUUGGGGGUCACAUGAACAUUCAUAGGAGAGAGAGGGCCAAGUUGAACUUGCCUCAGUCACCUUCUUGGGAUUGCCCUAAAUUAAGCUUCAACCCUAACCCUAACCCUAAUUUCUCAUCUUCAUCUUCUGCAGCUAGGUUCUUACCAUAUGUUUCUUACCACUCCUCUCUCACUUCUUUCUCUUCACAAUCCUCAGCUUCCACAGAUGAAGAAAAUAGGGUGCUUAGCAGUGGAGCUUUUUUUGGGGUUGGGCAGUUGAAGAGCUUUGCACCACAGGAAGACGAAUCUAGGGUUUUGAAGAAGGAGAAUAUUGUGAGGUUGGACUUGGAAAUGGGAGAUCCAAAGGAGGAUUUGGAUUUGGAACUCAGACUUGGGUACUCUUAGAUGCAAUUUUUAGUACUUUUUGGAUUUGGGGCUUGAACUUCUCAAUUUUUUUAGCUGUGCUUUUAGCUUCUUGCCUU